AUGUCUGAGUCACCGAAGUCCGAGAAAUACAUGUUCCUCACUAGAUACAGCACUCCUGUUCCCGAACUCGAUGACCACCGAUUUCAGCUGGAUCCGCCUCGAAUGGACGCCGCACCCGAUGUGCCGCUUAGCCGGCAAAAUACCGCGCCGCAGGGCUUGCACCCAGAGACCCCCCAACGCCCAGACUUGCUCAUUAUACAGGACGCCCUGCGAGAGGCCGGGUCCUUUUCGCGCGACUUUGAGCAAGCAAUUGUCGACGACGAUCGAUCUAUUCAAGAUCUCACGGCACUGGGACGUCGUUUCUCUGUUGAUCCCACCGGCAAUGUCCGGCAUGGUCGCGCUUACAGCCGCACACAUCAGGAUUAUGCCAACUUAUCGCGCGAGUCAUCUGUAUCAGCUAGAUCGACCUCCCCGCCUAACUCAGUCGAGGCGUUCGCAGAUCCACGUCGCCGGGAACGGGCGAAUACCCUGGAGAGCCACGGAGCUCCUGAUCUCGAGGCCAUUCUUCAACGUACUGUUUCUGGCGGUACGCACCAUCGCCGUCCAACGUUCAGCAAUGCCAGUGUGAUACGGCCACAGGCUGGGGACGCACAACUGGAGCCCACUGAUGAUGGCUGUGUGCCAACAUUCGAGCAGCCUGGCAGAAUCCCAGUCAUUGAUUACGAAGAGCUGGAAGAAUUUGUCGCGCUCAGCCAGCAAGCGAAGCCCACAACAAGCAGACGUAAGCAUAGUCUGAGCUCACAGAGCAAGAAACCGCGUAUUUUCUACGACCUUCGUGCGGGCGUCCAUAAUUCCGACAGUAAUGGCACGAAACGAUCUUCAAGCACAGAGGAUUCAUCUGAUGAUAUACUGGAUUCGAUUUCCGCGAAGAAUGAAAAGCUAUUUGCGGAAGUUUCGAAUGAGAAGGAGUUACUUGAGCACAUGAAGAAUGAGAAUGAGCCCACCCGGUUUGGCUUUUUCUCUUCCGAAUCUCAAAGUACUGUGCAUGCUGCAGAGUUGGGUGACCUGGUCUUGCCCGGGGACACUUUCCGUGAUCUCUUCCAGCUUGGCCCGGAAGGUGGCGUCUGGUGGCUUGACGUGUUGAAUCCUACAGAAGACGAAGUGGGUGCUUUAUCCAGAGCUUUCUCCAUCCACCCUUUGACAACGGAGGACAUCCUAACUCAGGAAGCUCGCGAGAAGGUCGAGCUUUUCAAGCAGUAUUAUUUUGUCUGCUUCAGGACCUUUUACCAGAUGGAUAAAACCAGCGAGCAAUUCAUGGAGCCCGUGAAUUUUUAUAUGGUUGUCUUCCGCGAUGGAGUGCUUUCGUUCUCAUUCACUGAGAAUCCACAUGCAGCUAAUGUUCGGAAGCGAAUCGGAAAGCUUCGCGAUUAUGUUUCACUCAGCAGCGACUGGAUCUGUUAUGCGAUGAUUUUUGGGCCCGUGAUUCGUGAAAUAGAGGUCGAGUCGGAGGCUAUUGAAGACCUUGUGUUCAUCGCGCGUAUGGAUGAUUUCGAGUCCUUUCUACCACGCAUUGGUGGCCUUCGCAAAAAGGUCAUGAGUUUAAUGCGACUCUUGGGUGGUAAGGCCGAUGUUAUUCGGGGCUUUUCGAAACGCUGCAAUGAACAGUACUCAGUGACGCCUCGCGGUGACAUUGGUCUAUAUCUAGGCGACAUCCAGGAUCACGUUGUAACCAUGAUGUCUAAUCUGGCCCAUUUUGAAAAAAUGCUUAGCCGCUCGCACACCAACUAUCUUGCGCAGCUUAAUGUGACCAACCUGAUGCUGGGCAAUCAUGUCAACAAAGUUCUCAGCAAGGUGACACUCAUUGCCACCAUGCUCGUGCCCAUGAACCUCAUUUGCGGUCUCUUUGGAAUGAAUGUGGAGGUCCCUGGACAACACACCGAGAGCCUUGCGUGGUUCUUCGGGAUCAUCGGCGUCAUUGGUGCUAUUAUCAUCAUUAGCGGAGUGGCCGCACUGGCUCUUUGCGCUGGUCCCGUCUCUGCUCACGAUGCUGAAGAAGAAUCCUCGACGCAGCUGGCCAUUACUAGCCACGGGACCAUAUACCUCGGCGAUGUCGACGCACGGUUUGGGUUCCCACUGGACUCAUAUAAUGGGCUGGAGUUCGAAGAGACUCGAGGACGAGAACUAGACUUGGUCCGUCGAGCCCCGACUGGGGUGUCAUCCCUGGGAAACAACCAGUACCAGGAAGGCACGCUAAGAUUGGGUGAGACUCAGCACUGGUAUUUCCCUACAGAUUCGAUCGCUGGCGACAGCGCCAACGACACUACUUCGAAACGGAGCAAAGAUAUCGCAAAACGAUCGACGACCAUAUAUCUGUCCCUGACAGCCUGCUCGAAACCGACUCUUAACAAGUCGGAAGAUGCGACCGGUUCCUCGUCCACUGUGUCACAACUGCAGGUCUUCGUUUCGCUGUCCGACACACUUGAGAAGCCAGGCCCCGACAAAGACAGUGCGGAACAACAGGUGUUUGUCGCGGAGGAGGGCUACAUGGGCACGACUCUGGAAGCGGACGGGAAUGUGUAUAUCGGGGUCACCGCUCUCAAUAACACUCAGUAUUCGGGGUCGUACACGUACCAAAUUGCAGUAUCCACCGAUGCCUUUUUUCACGAUGUAAAUACUGAGGAUCAGCUUCUAUACCUGGUGGACUCGGACACAAAAGCCGCACUCUUCACGACGAAAAAUCUCACUGAGACAGAUAUCAACGCCCAGGACAUCAGCAUAUGGAUGAACAAGACACCCCCGUACACAAUGUUUGCCAAUAACUUGAACAGUACUGCGGUCUCGGGCCUGGAGCGAUCCUUUUGUGCCCUUGAUCGGCUUGCGCAGAUCGGUAUGAACCACGUGGAGUCCAGUAUGACUACACGCGGUGAUAAGCUCCGGCCUAAGGAGCAACUCUAUGCUACUGGCCUGAAUAAAAGCUCUACUUACCUUGGGAUCUUGGCCCGAUAUGGCAAUUCUACCAGUGCAGGUAACGGGAUAAUAGGUGGCGGUGGGAAGGUCUGGAAGCCGAUGAACUUCACUACGAAGACAGAGGACAACUGUGCGCUGGUGUACGACCUCUCAUUCUGUUCAGAAGUCGCCUAUGCCGUGCCAUCGAACUCGUCCGCUCAAACCUCGACCUUACGCACAUUCUAUGACGACAAUGCCGAAUCUCUCUACCAAAAUUUCAAUUACUCUCUUCAACAGGUCCAGUGCAAUGCUUCCAGCGAAACCAUGUUCUCCCUCGCUGUCUCCUGCGACAGCUGCGCCGAGGCCUACAAGCAGUGGCUUUGCGCUGUAACGAUUCCCCGGUGCCAAGACUUCUCGAGCACCGACUCCUUUCUUCAAGUCCGCAAUGCGGGCCAGGCAUUUUUAAACGGCACCUCCAUCGCCAACAGUAGUCUAUUGACUAACCCUGCCACAAACCGAUCACGGAACUCGUUGAUCGACACUGACAUCAAGCCGGGUCCCUAUAAGGAGAUCCUCCCCUGCCAGGACGUCUGCCACAGUCUCGUCCGAAAUUGCCCGUCCGCUUUAGGCUUCAGCUGUCCCGUGGGGCAGUGGUUAAAUUCUUCCUACGGGGUCCGGGACUCAAAUGGCGAUAUCACCUGCAGCUAUUUGGGAGCUGCGUACUAUCUGAAUAUGGCGGCGGGUCUCCGUCACAAUGUAUGGAACGCUUUUUUUGUCCUGACCGCCCUAUGGACCGCGCUGUGGGCACUUUAA